UCCUCAACCAUCGAUUACCGCAUUAAGCAGUCAUCGAUACGACAACCGGUUCGCCGAACGUUGCGCAGUAUUUGUAUUUCGCCGAUUGAAGCACACGCUAGACGCAGGAGCAACUCAAGGAUACGCAGCCAUGGCAAGCAAGAAAAUCGCACUUUUGAGCGUCUCGGACAAGACGGGUCUGUUGGAUCUGGGCAAGAGUUUGACCGCCUUGGGCUUUGAGCUGGUUGCCAGCGGUGGCACAGCGACAGCGCUGCGUGGUGCUGGCCUCGCCGUCAAGGAUGUGUCCGAUAUCACGGGUGCUCCUGAGAUGCUGGGCGGACGCGUGAAGACAUUGCAUCCAGCUGUACAUGCUGGUAUUUUGUCGCGCACCACAAACAGCGAUCUGGCGGACAUGAAACAACAGCAUUAUGAUCUUAUACAGCUUGUUGUGUGCAAUCUGUAUCCAUUUGCCAGCACCAUUGCCAAACCCGAUGUCACGUUGGCUGAUGCCGUCGAGAACAUUGAUAUUGGUGGCGUGACUUUGUUGCGUGCCGCUGCCAAGAAUCAUCAGCGUGUCACGGUCGUCUGUGAGGCUGUCGACUAUGCGCGUGUUCUGGAGGAGCUCAAGACCAAGGGCGAUACCACGGCCGAGACUCGUCAAGCACUGGCUUUGAAGGCUUUCACACACACGGCCAGCUAUGAUGAUGCAAUCUCCGAUUACUUCCGCAAGCAGUAUGGCGCUGGUUCGUCACAGUUGACGCUGCGCUACGGCAUGAAUCCCCAUCAGAAGCCAGCACAGCUCUACACACAGUUGGCUCAACUCCCUCUGCGUGUGCUGAAUGCUUCGCCUGGUUUCAUUAAUCUCUGUGAUGCACUCAAUGGCUGGCAAUUGGUGCGCGAACUAAAGCAGGCGCUGCAGCUUCCGGCUGCCACGAGUUUCAAGCACGUGUCGCCAGCUGGUGCAGCUGUGGGCGUGGCUCUGAAUCCGGCACAGGCUAAACUCUGCAUGGUCGAUGAUCUCUACGAGCAGUUGACGCCUUUGGCUACAGCUUAUGCACGAGCUCGAGGCGCCGAUCGCAUGAGCUCCUUUGGCGACUUUGUCGCACUGUCCGAUGUUUGUGAUGUAGUCACCGCCAAGAUCAUUUCGCGUGAGGUCUCCGAUGGCAUCAUUGCUCCUGGUUACACACCUGAAGCAUUGGAGAUACUCAAGAAAAAGAAGAACGGCAGCUACUGCAUUUUGCAGAUGGACCCCAACUAUGAACCCAGCGCUGUAGAGCGCAAAACCAUUUUCGGCCUGACUCUGGAGCAGAAGCGCAAUGAUGCCACCAUCAAUCCCGAGCUCUUCAGCAAUGUGGUCAGCAAGCUGAGUCCGCUGCCCGAGGCAGCUGUGCGUGAUUUGAUUGUGGCCACCAUUGCCUUGAAGUAUACGCAAAGUAAUUCAGUUUGCUAUGCACGCGAUGGUCAAGUAAUUGGCAUUGGUGCUGGCCAGCAAUCGCGCAUUCACUGCACGCGCUUGGCGGGCGAGAAGGCGGACAACUGGUGGUUGCGUCAGCAUCCCAAUGUGGCCAGCAUGAAGUUUAAGGCGGGCGUGAAGCGUGCCGAAAUCUCCAAUGCCAUUGACAACUAUGUGAACGGCACUGUGGGCAAGGAUAUGCCGCUGUCCCAAUUCCAGAGCAUGUUUGACAAGGCGCCAGAGCAGCUGACAACGCAGGAGAAGCUCGACUGGCUGAAGCAGUUGAAUGGCGUUGCCCUGGGCUCCGAUGCCUUCUUCCCCUUCCGUGACAACAUUGAUCGUGCGCGAUUGAGCGGUGUUUCGUAUAUUGCCAGUCCAGCAGGUUCCACCAACGAUGCUGGUGUCAUUGCCGCUUGCGAUGAGCAUGGAAUCAUCAUGGCCCACACCAAUCUGCGUCUCUUCCAUCAUUAAGCAUUAAUCUAUACAUCCCAUAUCUUUGCCAAGCAAUAAAAAGACACCGUUUUAAGUUAGUUAAA